AUGGCAUAUAUGACAACUGCUUAUACUGAGAAAACAACUAUUUCAGGUCAGCUUCGAAAUAUUAGGUAGAUUUUAUCUAGCAUUGCAGCUUCAGAAAUGCAAGGAUGGAGAAUUCAUAUGGAAGAUGCAAAAAUUGCAGAACUGAAUUUAGAUCAUGAUGGGUUUCUAUUUGGAGUUUAUGACGGGCAUGGUGGCAGCGAAGUUUCAACUUAUAGCCCAUACCCCUAUAUAGAUUUCUUGAUCAAAUAAAAGCGCAAUGGACGGUUGAAUGACCAAUUCAGACUCUAUAAAAAGGGACGAGCUGGAUAUCUACAGGGGUUUCCCCGAGUUAGCCCUUAUGAAGGGUUAAAGAAUAGCAUGCCAAAAAUGAUUGACGAGUGAAAACAAAGUUGACAAGCAAACAUGCCAAUUUUUUAAAAUGGCUUUAUUAUAAAAAUUAAUUUUAAAUUAAAGAUACUUUUAGACUGGCACUGAUGAGCAUCUUACCCAUUAUUUCCUUCUUUCUUAAGACACCAAAGUAAAAUUAUAAACACUUCCUUAAUAAUUCAUAUAACUCCAACUUUAAUAUUACUUUCCUAUGGAAUUUUUAAACAAUCAUACUUUUUCUAGAUGAUUUUCAGUUGCAAUCGAAACAUAAUUAUUACUCUGAUAGUGCUCUCUAAGGCUUUAGAGAAUCAUAGCGACUCUUAAUUUUUAUUUAAAAACAAUUGUAAAAUUUAUUGUCAUCUUUAUAUAGAUUUUGUAUUGAAUUUAAAAAAAAAUCAAAUUUUAAUAGAUGAUUUUCGAUGAGAAUUGCAACAUAAGCAUCGCUCUACUAGUAUUAUUUGCUGCCUUUAUAGAUUGUAGCGACUCUUAAUUUUCAUUAUAUAAAAAUUAUAAUAUAAGGUAACUCCAUCUUUAAUAUGUAUUUGGUAUCGAGUUUUAAAAAAGUCAAAUUUUUAAUAGACGAUUUUCGAUAAUAAAUGCACCAUAAGCAUGACUCUAUAAAUUCUCUUUAAUUCUUUUAAAGGUCGUAACGACUCUUAUUUUCAUUGGCAUAAAAUUCCUUAUGAUGCAAUACCAUCCUUAUAUGGGCUUUUGUAUUGUACUUCAAAAAAAAUUUUUAAAAGAUAGUUUCCAAAUAUAAUUGAAACAUAAGUAUCUAUCUAUUAGUUAUCCAUAUAGCCUUUAAAGGUCAUAGCGACUCUGGAAUAAUACUAGCAAAUUUUUAUCGAUAUUUAAUUUUCUCUAAUUAAUAAUAAUAUUUAAUUCUAUAGAAAAUAGCGACACUUAUCAGUGCCACUCUAAAGUUACCUUUAAUUUAAAAUUAAUUUUUAUUAUAAAGCCAUUAUAAAAACUGGCGCGUUUGCUUGCCAACUUUGUUUACACAUGUCAACCAUUUUUUUAAAUGUUAUUUUUCAACCCUUCCUUGUAUAGAAAUCCAUCUCAUCCCUUUCAACCGCCCAUUACAUUUUGUUUGAUAAAGAAAUAUAUAUAUAGGCGCAUGGACUAUAUGUAUCAAAACAUUUGUGUAGUCUUUUAUUGCAAAAUGAAAAUUAUCAAGCUGGGAAUUAUGAUAUAGACUUUUUAUUAAUAAAAAUCAAUUUUAUGAUGGGCAUUUAUUACCUAUUUCUUUAUAUAGAAUAUAGUCUCAACCUCUAUUUAAAAAUACUACUUUUUCAAAUUAGCGUAGCCCUUCAAGAAACUUACUUAAAAUUUGAUGAACUUCUCCAAGAAGAAGAUGCGAUAUCAGAAUUAAAAAGAAUUAGAUUUAGUGUAUACGGGGAGUAUCCUAACUAUGAAUGCAAUGCUGGAUCAACAGCUCUAACAGCAUUAAUAAAAAGCAAUAAAAUUUACGUCGCAAAUUCUGGAGAUUCCAAAUGCAUAUUAGUUAAGGGUGGAGAAGCUUUUUCAAUGUCUUGUGAGCACAAACCAGAAUAUGAAAUAGAACUUAAUCGAAUAAAAAACGCAGGAGGAAUUGUAACGGAUGGAAGAGUUAAUGGAAAUCUAAACUUGAGCAGGGCAAUAGGAGAUUUUGAUUAUAAGCAAAACAGGGAAUUAUCACCCCAGGAACAAAUGAUAACGGCAUUCCCUGAUAUUGCAAUCCAAGAAAUCACUCCAGAUUGUGACUUCUUGGUACUCGGGACUGAUGGAGUUUGGGAGUUGCUAACUAAUCAAAGUUGUUUGGAGUCUAUAUAUCAAGGGCUGAGAGAUAGAAAACCACUUACCACGAUUGUUGAGGAUUUGCUAGAUCAGUGCCUUACUCCGGAUUACUAUGCUUAUUCAGGGCUAGGAACUGAUAAUAUGACAUGCAUAAUUGUUAAAUUUCAUGACUAACUCCCCCCCCUCCGUGAGUGAACAAAACCAUAGGAAAAAUCCCUAUUUUUUGCCCAAAAACCCACCCUCCGUGAGUGAACAAAAAUUUUUUUAAUAGAAAAAUUUUUUAUGGAAAAAAAAAUUUGAUAUAUAAAUGAUAAUUAGUAUAAUGAAAUCUAGAGCUAAUUCUGUUUAAUUUUAAACGAAUUGCUUUUUUAAAACAUAAAUUUUAUAAAUUAAAUUAAUUUUUUGCUUUCCAAUUUUUGCGAAUUAUGGUUUUUUUUAAAUUUCGAAAAAAAAAAUAUUUUUUAUAAAAUUUAUAUAUAAAUUUUUUAAAAAAAAAAAAAUUAAACCCCCCUCCGUGAGUGAACAAAAUUUUUUUUUGCUCACUCACGGAGGGGGGGGUGGAGUAA